AUGGCCGCUAAGGUGCCGCGAAACUUCCGGCUCCUUGAGGAGUUGGAGAAGGGCGAAAAGGGAUUGGGCGCAGAGGCCUGCUCCUAUGGCCUUGCCGACGGUGAGGAUCUGAUGAUGAGCAACUGGAAUGGAACCAUUCUCGGUCCUCCUCACAGCGUCCACGAGAACCGCAUAUACAGUGUCAAUAUUCACUGCGGACCCGACUACCCGGACAACCCUCCCACCAUUCAGUUCAUUUCCGCUGUCAACAUUCCCUGUGUUGACCAGCGCUCCGGAAAGGUCGACCCGACUAAGCUUCCCUGUCUCGCUCAAUGGAAGCGCGACAACACCAUGGAGACCGUCUUGAUUGAGUUGCGGAGAUACAUGGCAUUGCCACAGCACAAGAAGCUGCCCCAGCCUCCGGAAGGCUCGACUUUCUUCUAA